AUGUUGACUGCAUUCAAGGUACAGAAAAAGAGAGCAGUGACAAACAGAACGGAAUACUUCUACAACAUUGUGACGGAUUUUCCUCUUCAUUGGAAAGGACUGCUAUAUGGUUACAACGGUUACAUUGACAUUGUACCUGUACCUUUAGUGCCACAGUACAAUGACCCCGUCGACAUGGGACCUCAGUACGUCUACAGCGACUUCUGGAUACCACCCCCGUUCAAUGGAAUUAGUCCAAACAAAGGAGUGUUCGCUUCAUCGGGCCGUCAUGAGGUCGAAUGCUUUGAUGGCCAAGGACGAAGGGCAAUCUUCAGCAUCUACACAGAGCUACAGCAUCAACGGAGUACUCAGGAUCGCCGAGUCAACAGAGCCAUCGAAACUUGCAUCGAGGGAGGAACGCCACCUAGAGGAAAUGUCCUUGUCAUCAAACACGUCUUCGAGACUGGUGGUUAUACAGACAUCGAGUGCUGGGACAGGAUCAUCAUCAAUGACAUAUUCCAAACCAGAUUCAUUGACUUACUAGGCGAUUACAUCGAAGAGCCACUGGCAUUCUUAAAAAUGCUCACAAAAACUAAAUCUAUAGUCGGGGGUCAAUUUGUGUUCCGCUUUCUCAAUCUAUUACCGGGAAUGGCGCGUACAGGCUUACCUCUGCUUGUGUUUGCGCCUCGUUUGUCCCAGAUGAUAUGGUCGGAAUUCCUGUUCAAAAUCAAACUGCAGUGUACGAUAGUGUCGGUACCAAACGUUUUCGAGGAUUACUGCGUGGAAUAUAUGAAAAUCGAAGGAAAGAACCAUGCGCGAAUUCGAAUAUUAUUUAGUAAAAGGUCGUUGCCACUUCCAAUGAUACUUGCAUUUGGUGACACCAUCGGAUGCAGCUUGAUCAAUGGAAGAGGCGUAUACGUUGGCUACCCCGAUGAUGUGACCGCGGGACGGGUGGUUAUUGGACACACAGGUCCAUACGCGAUGCCUCCACUGCAUGGGCAAAGACAUUUUCUGAGAAAGGAAGAUGACACGUCGAAAGCAUCGGAUUGCGGCUAG